AUCAAAAACGUUUGCACAGUGAAAGGUCAGUAGACUUGGAAAAGUAACUCUGUAGACACAAGGCUUCUGCCACAAGACCUUAGUUUAUUUAAAGGGAUAUUUGUUCAAGCAGAUCAAAAGGAGGACUUGGAUUUCUAACUGCAACAGAGAUGAAAUUUUUUGCAAAAGCAGCAAUUUUUUUUGCAUUGGGCUUAUUUGUACAGGGUUACACAAGAGAAGGAAGACUAGUAGGAGAGGACCCCAAGGUUGGAAAGUGUGCCCUAGUCUACAAAACCUUUCUCCCAGAAAGACCAUGUCAUAAUGAUGGACACUGCCCUGGACAAGACAAAUGUUGUAGCUUUGGCACUAGAUCUUUCUGUGCUCCUCCAGUUAUACCUAACCCAGCUUGUCCAAACACAGAUGGAAGAAUUGGUCCAUGUGUUGAAAACUGUUUCAGUGACAGUGACUGCCCAACUGGCAAGAUAUGCUGCUCCAAUGGAUGCGGGCACACAUGCAUUAGAACAGCUAACCCAGCUUGUCCAAAUACGGAAGGAAGAGUUGGUCCAUGUGUUCAACUCUGUUCCAGUGACAAUGAUUGUCCAACUGGUGAAAUAUGCUGCUCCAAUGGAUGUGGGCACACAUGCAUUAGGACAGUAGGACAGGACCCCAAAGUUGGAAAGUGCCCCCUAGUCUACCAAACCUUUCUCCCAGCAAGACCAUGUCGGAAUGAUGAACACUGCCCUGGACAGGAAAAAUGUUGCAGCUUUGGCAGUGGAUCUCUCUGUGCUCCUCCAAUUAUAACUAACCCAGCUUGUCCAAAUACAGAAGGAAGAGUUGGUCCAUGUGUUCAACUCUGUUCCAGUGACAAUGAUUGUCCAACUGGUGAAAUAUGCUGCUCCAAUGGAUGUGGGCACACAUGCAUUAGGACAGUAGGACAGGAUCCCAAAAUUGGAAAGUGCCCCCUAGUCUUCCAAACCCUUCUCCCAGGAAGACCAUGUCAGAAUGAUGGACACUGCCCUGGACAGGAAAAAUGUUGUAGCUUUGCCAGUGGAUCUGUCUGUGCUCCUCCAAUCAUAGCUAACCCAGCUUGUCCAAACACAGAUGGAAAAGUUGGUCCAUGUGUUCAACUCUGUUCCAGUGACAAUGAUUGCCAAUCUGGGGAAAUAUGCUGCUCCAAUGGAUGUGGGCACACAUGCAUUAGAACAGUAGGACAGGAUCCCAAAAUUGGAAAGUGCCCCCUAGUCUUCCAAACCCUUCUCCCAGGAAGACCAUGUCAGAAUGAUGGACACUGCCCUGGACAGGAAAAAUGUUGUAGCUAUGCCAGUGGAUCUGUCUGUGCUCCUCCAAUCAUAACUAACCCAGCUUGUCCAAACACAGAUGGAAAAGUUGGUCCAUGUGUUCAACUCUGUUCCAGUGACAAUGAUUGCCCAACUGGUGAAAUAUGCUGCUCCAAUGGAUGUGGGCACACUUGCAUUAGAGCAGUUGGAGAGGACCCUAAAGUUGGAAAGUGCCCCUUAGUCCACCAAACCUUUCUCCCAGCAAGACCAUGUUUGAACGAUGGACACUGCCCUGGACAGGAAAAAUGUUGUAGGUUUGCCGGUGGAUCUGCCUGUGCUCCUCCAAUUAUAACUAAUCCAGCUUGUCCAAACACAGAUGGAAAAGUUGGUGCAUGUGUUGAACUCUGUUCCAGUGACAGUGACUGCCCAACUGGCGAAAUAUGCUGCUCCAAUGGAUGCGGGCACACAUGCAUUAGAACAGGAGGACAGGACCCCAAAGUUGGAAAUUGCCCCCUAGUCUUCCAAACCCUUCUCCCAGCAAGACCAUGUCUUAAUGAUGGACACUGCCCUGGACAGGAAAAAUGUUGUAGCUAUGCCAGUGGAUCUGUCUGUGCUCCUCCACUUAUAACUAAUCCAGCUUGUCCAAACACUGAUGGAAAAAUUGGUCCAUGUGUUGAACUCUGUUCCAGUGACAGUGACUGCCCAUCUGGUGGGAUAUGCUGCUCCAAUGGAUGCGGGCGGACAUGCAUUAGAAUAGGAGAGGACCCCAAAGUUGGAAAGUGCCCCCUUGUCUUCCAAACCCUUCUCCCAGCAAGACCCUGUCAGAAUGAUGGACACUGUCCUGGACAGGAAAAAUGUUGUAGUUUUGCCAGUGGAUCUGCCUGUGCUCCUCCAAUUAUAACUAACCCAGCUUGCCCAAACACAGAUGGAAAAAUUGGUCCAUGCGUUGAACUCUGUUCCAGUGACUUUGACUGCCCAGCUGGUGAGAUAUGCUGCUCCAAUGGAUGUGGGCGGAUGUGCAUUAGUACAGAGAAACCAGGAAGCUGCAGUCCUCCAUGGAUGUUUUCUUGGUGUUAUAACUCCUGCCUCCGUGACAGCGAUUGCUCAGAAAACCAGAAGUGCUGUCCCACUUUUUGGGGCUUAUUCUGCCAAGAGCCAUACAACCCUGCCAUAUGAAUAAUUGCCUUGAUUAAAUAGUCUAACAAUUGAA